AUGCAGGAUUUGAGCAUCGCUGAGGUGGCUUAUUCAUACGCUGUUCAAGGGCGCGUAGCUUCUCUGACGGCUCUGCUCAUCGUCGCCGCCGAGAAGGUUAUCGAUUCCGUGUUGGAGUUGCGUAAUUCCAAAUCGGGGUGCAAGGAGAAGUUGACUAUCUACGAAUGCCUUAUAAGGGAGGCUUUGGCCCUGGGCGGCAGUACAACGACGCCGUUGAGGAAGCUCUUGCUCCACGAGAGACCUGCUUCAGCUCUUCGGAGCUGUAGUUCAGAGCGGUGGUGGAGACAAGAAGGUGACUUCGCCACUCAUCCGUGCAGCUCAGUGUUCUGGCUUAUGGUGAUGAUGACUGACCAAAGGCUCUUCGUCAUUCGUCUUCAACUUCCAGCAUGCAUAGGAGGAGACAAAGCUGUUAUCCAGCUGCUUCUGAAGACAAAUAUAGAUGUCAAUGAUGCUGAUGCAGAUGGAAAUUCUGCUCUUCAUUGGAUACUUGCGUCAUCGAUAUUGUCGCAUCCACAACAGAUAAGUAUUAUAUUGCUUCUUCUAGAGCAUGGUGCUCUCGUAAGGCAAAGGAAUAAAAUGGGGUUGACAGCAUUUCAUAUUGCUGCUGGUAAUGGUAAUUCCAAGGCCCUUGAGAUCCUUCUGUUGGAAGACCCGUUAGCUGUCCAAUAUAUGACGGAAAUGAAAGAAACCCCCCUCUUUUUCGCUGUGAAGAAUGGGAGUAAAGACUGCACUGAGCUUCUUUUAACAUGGGGAGCAAAUAGUGAAGUCCUUAACGUGCGUGGGCAAAAAGCUAUAGACCUGGCAACCUCUCAAGAUAUGCGUGACAUACUGCUGAACAUAACCACUGUUAGCCUCGUUAAUCAGGCCUUCCCCAAUCAACAUAAAUGUACUGCCUUAGAGGUGACAGAUGAAGACACCACUACUGAAAGAAAUGUUAACUCAAUCACCAAGGCAGAAGCUUGUAAGUACUUUGAAUCUCAUCAAGGAUAUGUCAGAGGAGUUCAGGAUGGAGCAUACCAGAGUCAUUCUUAUGCUGCGAAACAACUCAAACGCAAAAUCUUUGUUGUAGGACUUCCUCCUUCAGUGGACUCUGAUGUUUUGGGAAAGUUCUUUGAAGAGUUUGGAUCAGUGGAAGAUGCUGUAGUUAUUGUAACUCAGAUAGAAAAGAAGAUACAAUCUCGAGGCUUCGGUUUUGUCACAUUUAGAGAGGAGAAAUCUGCUUUAGAAGCCAUGCAAGCGAACUGCGUCACCAUGCAUGAGAGAUUGGUUUUCAGAGCUGAGUUUGAGAAAAUGUCACCUCAACAACGAGAACAAGAUAAAAAUUUUCAACUUCCACUGCAGACGUCGAACGAGUAUAUUAUGGAAGGUGAUAACCCUGAACAAGGUUCUUGCGCUGAUAGAUUAGUCCUUGGACAACCAGCGGCAUGUUCCAUUGAACCUCAAGCUCAUGUGACCAAGAGCUCUGAGGACCCAAGCACUCCUACAUGGCUAAAGGUUUUCAAGAAGUGGUUUCCUGGGUUCUUACAAGGUCUCCUGAAGCACUCAAAGUAUGCUCUCUCUUCUCUAAAAGCUGAUUUCAGGGCUAAAUUUGGGUUAGAACUGGAUCAUUCAUCUGUGGGCUACUCUAAGCUCAGUGACUUCCUGAAAUGUUUCUCCGAUUUAUGUACCGUUGAGAUUCCAUAUGCAAACGUAGACCACCUAGUCACAUGA